GAAUAGGCACAAGCAACGUCACUAACAGUCAGUGUCGACGCGCGAGGAUGGCGCGGUGCACCAGAGUAGCCUUGAGCUUGUUGUGUGCUUCGGCCUGCCUGCAUAUCGUGACCGGCUCCACCAGUCAGGGGGUCCUCAACCAAUUCGUAAAGAGGGUGAAGCGACAAGAAGAAACAAACAAAAAGGAGGAGAGCUUUGAAACAGAACUAUGUAAAGACAAAGAUGCUGGAGAAUGGUUCCGACUCGUGGCAGGAGAAGGUGAUAAUUGCAGAGACGUAAUUCAGUGCACAUCAUCGGGCCUGCAAGCUAUCCGAUGUCCGGCAGGUCUGUAUUUCGAUAUCGAGAAGCAGACAUGUGACUGGAAGGAUGCAGUUAAGAACUGCAAACUCAAAAAUAAGGAACGCAAAGUUAAGCCUCUGCUCUACACCGAUGAACCUCUUUGCACGGAAGGCUCUUUGGCUUGUGGCGACGGCAACUGUGUGGAGCGUGGUCUCUUCUGUAAUGGUGAGAAAGACUGUGCCGAUGGUUCGGACGAAAACACCUGUGAUAACGACAACGACCCGAACCGCGCUCCGCCCUGCGAUCCGGCAGUGUGCGUCCUGCCGGACUGUUUCUGCUCCGAGGAUGGCACUGCGAUCCCUGGAGAUCUUCCAGCGAAGGAUGUCCCACAGAUGAUCACCAUCACAUUCGAUGAUGCCAUCAACAACAAUAACAUUCAGCUGUAUAAGGACAUCUUCAACGGAAAUCGCAAGAAUCCCAACGGCUGUGACAUCAAGGCCACCUUCUUCGUCUCACACAAGUAUACCAACUAUUCCGCCGUGCAAGAAACGCACCGAAAGGGACAUGAGAUUGCUGUCCAUUCCAUCACUGGAACUGGAAAUCGGCGAGGAUCUGGAAGUUCUGAGCACAAUGACGACGAGCAGUUCUGGAGCAACGCCACCGUUGACGACUGGGCCAAGGAAAUGGCAGGCACAAGAAUCAUCAUCGAGAAAUUCGCCAACCUGACGGACAACAGCGUGGUAGGUGUCCGCGCACCGUACUUGCGCGUUGGUGGUAACAACCAGUUCACCAUGAUGGAGGAACAGGCCUUCCUGUAUGACUCGACCAUCACGGCUCCCCUCUCUAACCCGCCGUUGUGGCCGUACACCAUGUACUUCCGCAUGCCACACCGUUGCCACGGCAAUCUGCAGCACUGCCCCACCCGUAGCCACGCCGUAUGGGAAAUGGUCAUGAACGAACUCGAUCGUAGGGAGGACCCUCAAUUUGACGAAUAUCUGCCUGGGUGUGCCAUGGUGGACUCAUGUUCCAACAUCCUGACAGGAGAUCAGUUUUACAAUUUCCUUAACCACAAUUUUGAUCGACAUUACGAAAAGAACCGCGCACCAUUGGGUCUCUACUUCCAUGCAGCCUGGCUCAAGAACAACCCUGAGUUCCUGGACGCGUUUCUCUAUUGGGUGGAUGAAAUCCUAUCCAAUCACAAUGACGUCUACUUCGUGACGAUGACGCAGGUUAUCCAGUGGAUACAGAAUCCCAGAACUAUUUCUGAGGUGAAGAAUUUCGAGCCCUGGAGGGAGAAGUGCACAGUGGACGGAAAGCCUGCUUGCUGGGUACCUCAUUCAUGCAAACUGACGAGCAAGGAACUGCCAGGAGAGACCAUCAAUUUGCAGACAUGCGUCCGAUGCCCCAACAAUUAUCCGUGGGUUAACGACCCUACCGGAGACGGGUUCUUCUAAGUCAUCGAUCUCACAACUCUGCGACUUAUCACCGACCAUACCCUGCACACACCCUGGCUCCCUAUCCGCAGCCCUCAACUAAACUCCAACCGUAUGCAUUAUAUAUAUAUGUUUCAAGUGGUGGAUGUUAAGGGCUAAUUAAUAUGAACAAAAUAAAAUCUCGCGAAAGACAGCUAAAAUAAAAUUAUGAUGGGUGGGUUAUAAAGCGUAUUUCAGCACUUCCUCAUGUUUUGUCUUUCUUUAAUGUUUCACCACGCUGAAGGAGCAGGACACAGUGAUGCGGGCUUGUUUUCAGUCUCCUGAGACAGCAUGUUCCUGUCUGGCAGGAACUGUAGUGACCUGGAGAAAGACGGUUUACAGUAAUAAAUCUGGACUAUUGUAGAGACUUCUCUGGGACAGUUAGUUUCAAUUGUAUUUGUUCUUUUCUGGCUAAACAACUGUUUGUGUGGAAAAUAAAGGGAAGAAAUUCCAUCGACCUGAAUUGAUGGGCGAAAGAGCGGAAUUGGUGUACAUGGUUUUCAUAUAAAUUGCACGAACUGUGGCCGUAAUACUGUACAGUGUCAUUCUAUGUGAAGAGCAGCCCAAUGCCGGGGGAUAGAACUAUUUAAUUAAUGUGAUUCUCGGGUUACGAACCUGAGGCAAGAGAGUAACGUAGAGAAUUUCUUGAAUUUAAUUUCAAGGAAGCAUUUUAUGUAAAAAAAAAAAUCUGUUUUGACAAGUUUAAAAUAAAACGUGCUUAUAAACCUACUGA